AUGAUGAACAACAUGAAGCAAUUACACAAACAUCAACGGCGAGAUGAAGAAAUGCCCAAUAAUCAAACUCCACCAUACUCACCCAGGUCGCUUAGACAUCCAUCGUCUUCAAGAUCUAUCCAUAGAUCCGUAAAUUACAUCUUCAAAGAGCAACGAUUUCUCUUCAUCAUCAUAGGAAUCGGGAUUGGUUCCACUUUCUUCAUCUUCCAACCGUCGUUAUCCACCAUAACCACUACCACAACGAAUACCAUUAAAUCCCACGAAUUUACCUCAAUGCCCAGACCAAUUUCAAUCUCCGACCGUGAAAGCACCACCUCUCACCGCCGCCCUGUUAAUCAUGGGGCAACGGGAAGGGUUCCUGUAAGUGUUAGUCGGAGGAGGAUAAGGACGGUGGUGACCGGUGGAGCUGGGUUUGUGGGUAGUCAUUUGGUAGAUAAAUUGAUGGCUAGAGGUGAUGAAGUGAUUGUGGUUGAUAAUUUUUUUACUGGUAGGAAAGAAAAUGUGGUGCACUAUUUAGAAAACCCUAGAUUUGAAUUGAUUAGACAUGAUGUUGUUGAACCCAUUUUAUUGGAGGUUGAUCAAAUCUAUCAUUUAGCUUGCCCUGCUUCUCCUGUUCAUUACAAGUAUAAUCCUGUCAAAACCAUCAUAUCCUUUUCUUAAUCUUUCUCCAAGACAAAUGUUAUGGGCACCCUAAACAUGCUUGGACUUGCCAAAAGAGUCAAGGCAAGGUUCUUGAUUACGAGCACUAGUGAGGUUUAUGGAGACCCUCUUGAGCAUCCUCAAAAGGAAACAUAUUGGGGACAUGUAAAUCCAAUAGGUGUUAGAAGUUGCUAUGAUGAAGGGAAAAGAACAGCUGAAACAUUAACAAUGGAUUAUCAUCGAAAUGAAGGUGUUGAGGUCCGGAUUGCACGUAUUUUUAACACAUAUGGUCCUCGAAUGUGUCUAGAAGAUGGACGUGUCGUUAGCAACUUUGUUUCACAGGCCAUUCGCAAACAACCCAUGACUGUUUAUGGUGAUGGAAAGCAAACACGAAGCUUUCAAUACGUUUCAGAUUUGGUUGAUGGACUGAUGGCUCUCAUGGAAGGUGACCAUGUUGGACCUUUCAACUUGGGAAAUCCAGGAGAGUUCACCAUGUUAGAGCUUGCUCAGGUGGUGAGAGAAACUAUUGAUGCAAAUGCUUCGAUUGAAUUCAAAGACAACACUGCUGAUGAUCCUCAAAAAAGAAAACCCGAUAUUAGCAAAGCAAAAGAGCUACUAAAUUGGGAGCCCAAAGUAACACUCAGAGAGGGUCUCCCACUAAUGGCAUCAGAUUUCAGGGAUCGAAUCUUGAAAGAAAUAGAAGGCGAUGAUGACAAAUAAGAAAAGGGAAGACCAGAAACCAGCAUGUAUAUAUUCAGAAACCAUGUAUCUAUAUAGUUUCUUUUUAGUUGUGAUAUACAUCUAACUACAUGAUUCUUUUAGGAAUGUCGCCAUUCUUCCUCUUGCUCUGAGGUUGGAGUAAGCGUUAGUUUUUUUUAUUAUAGAUCUUUUUUUGACUCAAAUUAACCCCUUUGUAUAAAUUGCACUAAUUUAUAUAAUUUUUAUUUG